AUGACCUCUCUCUUUGGAACAAAGCCUGCUGUCUCAAGCUCAUUUGGCUCCUCUUCUCCAAAGCUGGUUCUGUUUGGGUUGCUUGGUUCUCGAGAAGAAGUUCUACAAGGUGAUCUGAGUAACUUAUGGACAGUAGCUCCCCACAGGCGCUUCUCCUGGCAAGUUUACAAAUUGCUCAAGCUCAGUCCCCUUGUCUACAAUUGGAUCAAACUCAGAGUAGGAAAUGGACUAACCUGUCGUUUUUGGACGGAUAAUUGGUCUCCUUAUGGCAACCUGAGAGACUUUCUCCAGUUAAGAACCAACUCAUCACUGGGGAUUCAAGACAUGGCAACUCUUGCAUCGCUUCACUCCAACAGUACUUGGCUUCUCCCUCCUGCUCGAUCGGAUAGACAGGUUGAGGUUCAAGCUCUGCUCACUACAAUCCAUCUUACAAAUGAGGACGACUUUUACGAAUGGGAAAUUGAAGGGAGGGUUCAUCAGAACUACUCGAUUGGAAUGGUUUACGCUAACCUGCGUGUCCAAGGCCCAGCGGUAACUUGGUGUAACAUUGUCUGGAACAAAGGAGGAAUUCCUAGACAUAAUUUCCUCACUUGGCUCUUUGUGCUCAACCGCUGCCCAACCAGGGACAGAAUAAUCAGUUGGGGCCUCCAAACUUCACCGCUUUGCCUUCUUUGUAACACUGCCCCUGAAAGCCGGAAUCACCUCUUCUUCGAAUGUCCCUACACUUGGAACAUCUGGAGUGUGAUGGCGUUACGUUGUGGGAUAACGCCAGAGCGUAACUUGAGCAGAACCCUUGAACAACUUCAUGCAAUGAGCAGCAGAUCGCCUAAGGGAAUAUUAACACUACUCUGUUGGCAAGGAUGUAUCUACUGGUCCUGGUCUGAACGGAAUGGUCGACUACAUCGAAACAUCUUCCGAUCACCAGAAUCAAUGUCUCGGUUCCUCGACAGGCAGAUCCGUGAUCGUAUUCUAUCAUUCCGAGAGCAAAACCCUAGGGCAUCUUCUACAAUGAUGCAGCAAUGGCUGAGUUGA